AUGAGCAUAUUACAGAUCGAAGAUACCUCUGUGAGGAUUUUGAGUUCCCUGGGUAAAUACCUAAGCUAUCGAAUGAGGAGCUCUUCAUCGGAAACGGCGGGUUCCUCAGAUCAUGGCACACGGGUAUUCUCGGAUGGAGGUUUCGGUGAAGGACUGUUUGUUUUCGUCCGGGAAGAAUUGGACCUUAUCGUGGUGCGAAAGCGCUACUUACCAGAACAACCGAUUGACGAAAUCCCCCUAUCAGACAGGUCAGUGGAUGGGGAUCAGAUAGCCUGGUGA